AUGUACGGAAAGCCACAAUACAAAUCUUCGAGCUUGAAGAAUAUAAGUAAUGUAAAGGUCAAAUCUCUUGUUCAAACUUUGGAAUUUCUUAACAUACAAUUCAAGGGUUUUAGAGGAGCAAACCAUGUCGUUAAUCAAUUUACUUUGGUAUACUUGCCAUUUAUGAACCCAUUUGACUGGAUUUCUUUGUUCAACAUUGUUUUGAAAGAUGAAAAGAAAUAUGAACCUAUCGUGGCACGUUUGAAAAGGAUGUUCAUCUGCUAUAUCCUUGAAAUCACAAAGAUGGAUGUGGAGAUUGCCUUUGUUUUGAAAAAGAGGCCCAUUCUGAAACCUGAAGAGCAAACGAAGGAUAUUCAUAAGCUGAAAGUUGGGUAUUCUACUGCUGCUCUGAAGACUAUUCUUUCCAUGGCUCAAGCAAGCAAGGCGAACACUUCUGUCGACCUUAAAUGCUUCUCGGAUAUAAUAAGAUGAGCUGAUGAGUUCCCCACCCACAUCAGGAGGGUGCGACGGUGGAGGUUGUUGAGGGAUGCUAGUGGUGGUGAGGUUCUAAAGACCGAAUACAAAAAGAAGGGGAAGCUGGUGAAGAAAGAGCAUUUUGGUUCCAAUGAUCGACAGCGUAGAAGUGGAGAAGGCAAAGCAUGA